AUGAGCGCGGAGCCGCAGAACGGACCCAAAGCCGGCUGCGUGGCCCUGAAUGGGGUCCCUCGGGACAGCCCCACGGUCGUCGUCUCGGGUGCCCUGGGCAGGCUGCAGACUCAGCUGGCCCCGGAGGAGGAGACCCAGAUCCGGCUGCUGCCCAUGACCCCCGGGGAGGAGCCCCCAGGGGCCGAGGGCCCCCUGGCGCCCCGGACGGCGCUCACUCCGCGGCGCUUUGCGGUGCUCCUGAUCUUCAGCCUGUACUCGAUGGUCAACGCCUUCCAGUGGAUCCAGUACAGCAUCAUCAGCAACAUCUUCGAGAGCUUCUACGGCGUCUCCUCGCUGCACAUCAACUGGCUGUCCAUGGUGUACAUGCUGGCCUACGUGCCCCUCAUCUUCCCGGCCACCUGGCUGCUGGACACCCGCGGCCUGCGCCUCACCGCCCUGCUGGGCUCCGGCCUCAACUGCCUGGGCGCCUGGGUCAAGUGCGGCAGCGUGCAGCAGCACCUGUUCUGGGUCACCAUGCUGGGCCAGUCCCUGUGCUCCGUGGCCCAGGUCUUCAUCCUGGGCUUGCCGUCCCGCAUCGCCUCCGUGUGGUUUGGGCCCACAGAGGUGUCCACAGCCUGUGCCACCGCCGUGCUAGGCAAUCAGCUUGGAACUGCAGUUGGCUUUUUGCUACCACCAGUGCUGGUGCCCAGCUCACAUAACACCACGGAGCUUUUGGCUUAUAAUAUCAGUACCAUGUUUUAUGGAACGUCAGCCAUCUCCACACUUUUAUUUAUUUUAACAAUAAUUGCAUUCAAAGAAAAACCUCGCUAUCCACCAAGUCGGGCUCAAGCAGCCAUUCAAGACAGCCCCCCUGCAGAGUACUCCUAUAAGAACUCAAUAAUGAACCUGUUUAAAAACAUUCCUUUUGUCCUCCUAUUGAUCACAUAUGGUAUCAUGACUGGAGCAUUUUAUUCAGUCUCAACAUUAUUAAAUCAAAUGAUACUGACAUAUUAUAAGGGAGAAGAAGUGAAUGCUGGAAGGAUUGGGCUAACACUGGUGGUCGCUGGGAUGGUGGGCUCCAUUCUCUGUGGCUUAUGGCUGGAUUAUACCAAAACAUACAAGCAGACUACUCUGGUAGUUUACAUUUUGUCUUUUUUGGGAAUGGUUAUAUUUACUUUCACACUGGACCUUCAAUACAUUAUCAUCGUGUUUUUUACUGGAGGGGUGCUUGGUUUCUUCAUGACUGGUUACCUCCCCUUGGGCUUUGAAUUUGCUGUUGAAAUCACAUACCCUGAAUCCGAAGGUACUUCAUCCGGUCUUCUCAAUGCUGCUGCACAGAUUUUUGGAAUUCUGUUCACGCUGGCUCAAGGAAAGCUCACAUCAGACUAUGAUCCGAGGGCAGGAAACCUGUUCCUCUGCGCCUGGAUGUUUGUAGGCAUCAUUUUGACAGCGUUAAUCAAGUCUGAUCUGAGAAGACAAAAUAUAAAUACAGGAAUUACAAACGGCGAUAUUAAAGCUGUGCCAGUUGAUAGUCCCACAGAUGAAGAAUCAAAAACUGUUAUGAUGUCCAAGCAGUCAGAACCAGCAGUUUGA